AUGGUCCGGGAAAUCGUCAGCAUCCAUGUCGGCCAGUGUGGGAAUCAAAUCGGGCGUGCUUUUUGGAAGGAAGCCCUCGCGGAGCAUGCGAGCGCCAAUGUUGACGGCGUGUUCGAUGACUGCAUGAGCACAUUCUUCCGCAAUGUUGACAACCGCACUAAUCGUAAUGUCGCGAUCGGUGAUGGCAGACAACCGAUUUAUGAUCUGAAGGCCCGAGCUAUCCUCAUUGACAUGGAGACCGGCCCAGUGUCUGAGACGAACAGGGGCGAGUUGGGAGAGUUGUUCGACGAGCGACAGUUUGUGACGGGUGUGUCUGGAGCUGGGAACAACUGGGCCCAUGGAAACGUAAUAUAUGGCCCUGAGUACAACGAUGAGCUGCUGGAGGCUGUGCGACGAGCAGCGGAGACGUGUGAUUCACUGCAGUCCUUCUUCCUGAUGCAUUCCUUGGGAGGCGGAACCGGAUCAGGGCUAGGGACGUAUUUACUCACUUUGUUGGAAGACCACUUCCCGGACGUGUAUCGUUUUUCGACUGUGGUGUUCCCGUCAGAGGACGAUGAUGUCAUCACCAGCCCAUACAAUUCAGUUCUCGCGCUCAGUGAGCUUACGGAGCACGCUCACUGUGUGCUGCCGGUGGACAACGCUUCUUUGGCGAACAUCGUGGCAUCGUGGGACUCCGGCCCUGAUCUGCGACCCGUCGGAACGGGCACCUCCUCGGGGUUCGACAGUAUGAAUAGCUUGGUGGCGAGACUACUGACUGACCUGACCGCUUCGAUGCGGUUCGCCGGCGAUCUCAAUGUCGACUUAAACGAGAUUACCACAAACUUGGUACCGUUCCCGCGAUUACAUUAUUUGCUGUCGAGUGUCAGCCCCUUGCCAACUCGAAGCUCAGCAGAGGUAUUCGAUGGACGCACAAUCCCUCCUGCGGCUGCUGGCUUUGAUGGAAGGCCGCGGCGCAUGGCGCAAAUGUUUUCUGGGGCUUUUUCGGCCUCAAACAUGCUCAUGCGGGCAGACCCCAGGUUCGUGGCAGUUGUGACCAGCUGUGAUUGCAACGGCACCGGGCACCGGCUCGGGUGGAUACGAACCUUCGUCGGCGCGUACCUGAUGGCGUCCCACGUGUGCUUGCCGCGUGAAUUGUGCAGGAGGUCCAAGUUUUUGGCUUGCGGGUUGCUGGUCAGAGGCGAGGUGGUUGUCUCCGAUGUUAACGCUAACAUUGAGCGCCUUGCUGCUGAGCUCGAUAUGGUACAUUGGAACCCGGAAGGAUACAAGAUUGGGUUAUGUUCGGUGCCACCCGUUGGAACAACGCAAUCGCUCCUGUGUCUUUCCAACAACUGCUGUAUUAUGUGA